AAUUUCAGUGCUUUGUUUUCCGUGUCCCUCUCUGAACAUGGCUGCUCACUCUACUGAAGAGCCGUAUCCCUUCCACGGGCUGCUCCCUAAGAAAGAAACCGGUGCCACUUCUUACCUCACGAGGUUUCCAGAAUAUGAUGGCCGAGGCGUGCUCAUCGCUAUCCUCGAUACCGGCGUGGACCCCGGGGCUCCGGGCUUGCAGGCCACAACUGAAGGGAAGCCAAAGAUCAUCGAUAUUAUCGAUACAACAGGCAGCGGUGAUGUGAACAUGACCACAGUGGUGGAACUUAAAGAUGGGACAAUCACAGGCCUGUCUGGUAGAAUACUUAAGAUCCCUACUGCCUGGGUCAAUCCAUCAGGGAAAUAUCACAUUGGAGUUAAAAAUGGCUAUGAGUUCUUUCCCAAGGCUCUUAAGGAAAGAAUACAGAAAGAGAGAAAGGAGAAGAUAUGGGACCCGUCACAUAGAGCAGCACUCGCUGAGGUUUCUCGCAAGACAGAAGAGUUUGACCUCUCUCACCCUACACCCUCACAGAUGGAGAAGUUGCAGAAAGAAGAGCUGCAGAGUCAGACAGAGCUGUUGGCAGCACUAGAAAAGAAGUACAUUGAUCCUGGUCCUGUUUAUGACUGUGUGCUUUGGCAUGACGGCGUCACAUGGAGGGCCGUAGUGGACACAUCUGAAUGUGGAGAACUGUCUCAGUGCAGUGUACUGUGUUCUUACAAAGAGACACAACAGUAUGCCACUUUAGGAAAUGCAGAGAUGCUUAAUUACUCUGUUAAUAUAUAUGAUGAGGGAAACACACUCUGCAUUGUCACCAGUGGAGGGGCUCAUGGGACACAUGUAGCAAGCAUAGCAGCAGGUUACUUCCCAGAGGAACCAGAGCGCAAUGGAGUUGCCCCCGGUGCUCAAAUCCUGGCCGUGAAGAUUGGAGACACUCGUCUUAGCACCAUGGAAACAGGCACAGGACUUAUCCGUGCAAUGAUUGAAGUUAUCAACUACAAGUGUGACCUGGUUAACUAUAGCUAUGGGGAAGCCACCCACUGGCCCAAUUCAGGGAGGAUUUGUGAUGUCAUCACAGAGGCUGUGCAGAAGCACAACGUCAUAUUUGUUUCAAGUGCAGGAAACAAUGGCCCCUGCCUCUCUACAGUUGGCUGUCCAGGAGGAACCACUACUAGUGUCAUAGGAGUUGGAGCGUAUGUGACUCCAGACAUGAUGGUGGCAGAGUAUUCCCUGAGGGAGAAGCUGCCUCCCAAUCAAUACACCUGGUCAUCCAGGGGCCCCACUACAGACGGGGCCCUGGGGGUCAGCAUCAGUGCCCCUGGUGGUGCAAUUGCAUCUGUGCCCAACUGGACUCUCCGUGGUACUCAGCUUAUGAAUGGCACAUCCAUGUCAUCUCCCAAUGCCUGUGGAGGCAUUGCACUAAUCCUCUCAGGACUGAAGCAGAAUGGAAUCCGUCCCUCUGUUCCUGCACUCAGGAGAGCGCUGGAAAACACAGCUUUGAAGGUUGAGGACAUUGAAGUCUUUGCACAGGGCAAUGGAAUAAUCCAGGUGGACAAGGCGUUAGACUACCUCACUCAACACAACUCUUUACCCACAAAUAACCUUGGCUUCUCCAUAAGCAUUGGAACACAGAGAGGCAUUUACCUCAGAGAUCCAGCCCAGGUUCUUGCACCUUCAGACCAUGGAGUAGGAAUUGAACCCGUGUUCCCAGAGAACACAGAAAACUCGGAGCGAAUCUCCUUGCAGCUACACUUGGCACUCACGUGUACUGCCCCAUGGGUCCAGUGUCCCUCUCACCUAGAGCUGAUGAAUCAGUGUCGCCAUGUCAAUGUCCGCAUCGAUCCCGUUGGACUGAGAGAGGGAGUGCACUACACAGAGGUGUGUGGGUACGAUACAGCAGCACCAACUCAUGGCCCACUGUUCAGAGUCCCAAUAACGGUUAUAAUCCCAACCAAAGUGAAAGAUGGUCGUAAUCAGGAGGUGUGUUUCUCAGACAUGCACUUCAGACCAGGCCAGAUCAGACGCCACUUUAUCACUGUUCCUCAGGGAGCCUCCUGGGCAGAGAUCACAGUGACAUCUCAAUCGGGAGAAGUGUCAUCAAAGUUUGUUCUGCAUGCGGUGCACCUGGUCAAACAGAAGGCCUACAGAGCUAAUGAAUUUUACAAAUUCUCUUCACUGUUGGAGCGAGGGUCUCUGACUGAGGCGUUUCCUGUCCUGUCCGGAAAAAUAGUAGAGUUGUGCAUUGCACGCUGGUGGGCGAGUCUGGGUGACGUCAUAGUGGACUACAGUAUCUCAUUCCAUGGACUUCAUACUAGUCCGUCACCCCUGCACAUACAUGCCUCAGAGGGAGUAACGAGUUUUGAUGUGUCAUCACCUCUGAGGUACGAGGAGGUGUCACCAACUAUUACCCUUAAGUCCUGGGUUCAGCCUCUCAGACCUUUAAGUUCGAAGAUAAAAGCAUUGGGUGUGAGAGAUGUUCUCCCCAGCAACAGACAACUCUAUGAGAUUGUCCUCAGCUACAACUUUCACCAGCCUAAGACUGGUGAAGUUACACCCAGCUGUCCCAUGCUGUGUGAGCUGCUUUAUGAGUCUGAGUUUGACAGUCAGCUCUGGAUGCUGUUUGAUCAGAACAAGAGACUCCUAGGCUCAGGAGAUGCCUACCCACAUCAGUAUUCCCUUAAGCUGGAAAAGGGGGACUACACUGUGCGUUUACAGGUUCGCCAUGAGCAGUCCAGUGAGCUUGAGCGUCUUAAGGACCUGCCAUUUGUGGUUUCACACCGUCUGUCUACUACUCUUAGUCUAGACGUCUAUGAGACACAUCGAGCUGCUCUCAUGGCCAAGAAGAAGGCUAACUCUAUCACUCUGUCUCCGGGUGCCACUCAGCCAUUCUAUGUCACAGCCCUGCCAGACGACAAGAUCCCCAAAGGCACAAGUCCAGGGUGUUAUCUGUCAGGCUCUCUCCUUGUCCCCAAAAGCGAGUAUGGCAAGAAAGCAGGGCAGGCCUCUGCAAAACGACAAGGGAAGUUUAAAAAGGAUAUUGUACCAGUGUUCUACCAUUUAAUCCCUGCUCCUAAUAAAACUAAGAAUGGAGGGAAGGAGAAGGACAAGGAAGGAGACAAAGAGAAAGAUGCAAAAGAGGAGUUUGCAGAGGCCAUGCGAGACUUGAAGAUUCAGUGGAUGACAAAGUUGGAUUCAAGCUCCAUCUAUGCAGAACUGAUGGAAAAGUACUCAGAUUACCUUCCUCUGCAUGUGCAAAGACUGCACCAACUGGACUCAGAGAAGGAGCGUGUCAAACAUCUCAAAGAAGUAGUUUCAGCAGCUGACAUUGUCAUCGACCACAUCGACCAGACGGCAUUGGCUGUUUAUCUCACUAUGAAGAUGGACCCCCGGCCUGAUGCUGCUGCUAUAAAGAUUGACAUGGAGAAGCAGAAGUCAUCUCUUCUGGACGCUCUUUGUAGGAAGGGCUGCGCUCUGGCCGACCAGCUGCUGCUACCCCUGACACCUGAGAAGGGUGCUGGUGCACUUGACACUGAACAGGCGGCAUUAGCAGCAGCAGCAGCAGCAGCAGCAGCAGCAGCAGCAGCAGCAGCAGCAGCAGCAGCAGCAGCAGAGGCAGAGCAGGAUGGGGUACAGGUGGCCAGCAGCUCUGAUGAUACCUCGCAUAAUGUCGCUAAAGCCCUGACAGAUACGUUUUGGGAGGUACAGAAGUGGGCAGAGCUAACAGACUCCAAGGUCCUGAUGUUUUCAUAUAAACACGCUCUUGUGAACAAGAUGUAUGGCCGAGCCUUAAAAUAUGCCUCAAAGAUGGCGGAGGAGAAGCCCAGCAAAGAGAACAUGAAGAACUGUUUCCAGCUAAUGCGACAUCUCCGAUGGACACAUUGUGCUACCUUCUGUGAGAACUCGCUCCCUGUCAUGUACCCAACUGACUACACACUUUUCUAAAUGCACACAUAAAUGAACAGCAUGGCCACACAUGGCCCAUUACAUGGGAAGUUCAGUAUCAGGUCCCUCAGGGUCACAUGGUUUUUCCAUUCAAAUUCAGAUGUAUGCCAACACCAAAAUCAAGAACACUUAAAAAUGGUUUGAGGUACUUGACACCUUACAUGGAGAGGAAUUAUGUCCAUCCAGUUGGUGGAGCUGUUUUGUUGAACUUUACAGAUUGACACAUUGACUUCCUCAGCUGUUUGUUUGAAUAUUGCCAACUGCAAUGCUCUUAGUGAGUUUUGUAGCUCAGUGGGAUUCUAGUUUUUAUUUUGGUGUUGUCUACACAUUUGGAAGCUUUCACUUUACUCACUGCCCUCUGCUGUCUGGGCUCCAUGUCAUACCAGUAACUUCAUUUUAUCUUGUAAAUACUGUGAAAGGGGGCCACACGGUUGUAGUGGUUAGCGCUCUUGCCUUUGCAGCAAGAAGACCUAGGGUUCGAGCCCCGGUUGGAACAAGGUCCUUUCUACAUUUCUACAUGGAGUUUGCAUGUUCUCCCCGUGUGUGCUUGGGUUUUCUCCGGGUUCUCCGGCUUCCUCCCACAGUCCAAAAACAUGCAAUAUGGGGAUUAGGUAAAUCGGACACUCUAAAUUGACCAUAGGUGUGAAUGUGAGAGUGAAUGGUUGUUUGUCUCUGUGUGGCCCUGCGAUGGACUGGUGACCUGUCGCCCUAUUUCAGCUGAGAUUGGCACAGCACCCUCCGCGACCUUCCGGUGAAGGAUAAAGUGGUGGAUGGAUGGAUGGAAAUACUGUGAAAGGGCCUGUGUGGACUCCACGGGACAUAUCCCAAAUCUCUCUUUCUAAAAACAAAUUGUGAUCAUAUAAACACAAGCAAACAACGUAAUUAUACUUCAGUGGGAAGAUGCAAGGACUCGCUGCUGCAUGUUUGGACAUACAAGAGCACACACAGUCUGUCUGGUCCCAGAAUCAAGAAGCAGAACUUAUUAUUAUUUAUUUCAUGCUGACUGGGAUCAUACGGUAUUGUUUGGUCUUGUCUGUUCUUGUCACAAACACAGUCUCAGAAUGCACAGCAGUGCUAAGGUGCCUUUUUACAUGUACCUUUACUGAUGGGCUGAAAGAUGUGCAAGAGGUUUAAUAAAACAAAGUUGCGGACUCACCAGUGUCCAUCAGCGUUUUAGCCACUUGCAGUCAUUUCGCCCAUCAGUCUUUGUUGUCAAAAGUGAUUCUGUUGCUCAUAUCAGCAGUGUGAUGUGUCCAUGCACUGAAUCAGGAAGUCGCACUACUUCUACUAUAGUUCAGGCCUUUUUAACUGAGAUUGUAUGAGGAACUGACAUACCAUAAUUAGCUGAUGGAGCUGCCCCCGUGCCAAAAACCUGCUUGAGAGACUGAAGCACAGUAGCAGUGAAGACAUGGAUGCCAAGAUGUCAAUCAUGUGUGUGUCCGUCUGAUGCAGUCCUUUGUUUGUUUACAAAAACUUAAUAAGAUAUUUGUGCAGUUGCAUUCAUCCCUCAGCUAUAAACAGCCCUUUCAAAAAAGACAAUCAUAAUUAGUAUCAUAUUGGCUCCUCCCAACCACACGUUAAAAGAUGAUUUUCCUAAUGGACUGCAGGAGAGUAAGCAGUUGAUAAACUCCAGGCUGUCGAGGUAAAAUUUUAAAUAUAUUCUUAAGGUGGUCACGCUUGAUUCGACUGAGGGACUUUCUAUAAGGAGUUGUACUUGCUUCUUGGUAUAGAGGGUGGUCGCAGUGCGGACUGUGUCAGUGCUUCAUACAACUACUCCAAAAAAACAAAACAAAAAUAAAACACCUUGAACUAUACCAGAGUUGAUCACCCAGAUCACACUGCUGUUAUCUGAACGCCACGUUUGACAACCAUCAAACAGACCUCAAACACAACAGAUGCAAGUGCAAGCAGUGGCAGGAUAAUGAGAUCUUCAUUGUACAAAUGAUCACAUAGUCGUAGAUAUUUUUAUGUUGCACUUGUACCCUGUCGAAAUGAUGUACAGACGAGCAUAACAAACAUUUAAAUGCAAUAGGUAUAUAAUACAAAUGUUAUUAGAAUUGAUGUAUUUUUACAUAUAUGCAUGUCUCUGAAGAUGUAAGCAAAACUAGUUUUAUUGGGAAGCAGAUUUUAGUUUCUUUAAAUCUAAAUGGUUAGGGUUAGGGUCUUCAUGUGGCCCUGUGAUGGACUGGCGACCUGUCCAGGGUGUAACCCGCCUAUCGCCCUAUGUCAGCUGUGAUUGGCACAGCACCCACUGCGAUCCUCAUGCGGCAGAAGAUGGAUGGAUGGUUUUAAUUUAAAAGAUUUUGACAAUAAUCUCUUAUCUUAAGUGUAUUGGUGAACGUUAUUUCAAGUUUUGCAAUCAUCUUCCAGUUGGUGACAGUGUUCAACAAAAAAACACAACAUUAUCAUCAUAUCGCAUCAGAGAUAACAGGUGGUGUUCUGACAGGGAAGUUUUUUGUUCUUUGUUGUUUGUGGCAGCACCAUCACGGUUUUUGUGCUUUAAUCAGAAUAGUCGUAUUUUAUUCAAAUCAACAGUUGGGGGCUUCUUUGAUAAACUUUAAUAUUGCAAUUUUCAAUCAGAGAAACUGCAAGCCCAAACAUAUACUUGUGAAUGUUUUAAUGUGGAAAAUUGUGUUUAUUGUCAUGAAUUAUACAUUGAGUGUGAAAGGUGAUGCCGCAGAAUCAGUCUUCCCUGUCACACCAGUAAGGUUUCCAGUAAGGUAAAUGUAAAAGCAGGUGUAUUGUUUGUCCUCAUGUUAAUGAAAUCCUAUUUUUAUGGGAUGGCCUGUUCAUGUGUUCGGAUUUGAUUGAGACAAACUAAAUGUUAAGGGCUUUGCAGUUGACAGUAUGUGUUGCCAAUGUUAUCUCCAAGAACAGCCUUAACCUUUCACCUCUGGACUGCACCGUCUACUUCUGUCACCACACAUCUCAUAUUUCAUAUCUAUUGCUCUUAUGCUGUUGGUGUCAUGAAACACUUCAGAACUGCUUCUUCUGGAUGUUGAUUGUUUAUAUUUAUAGUUAUCAAUCCUAGUAAUUGCAAAUAUUUUACAGAAUGUUAAAGGGAUAUGAGGUUGUGUAUGCUGACAGUAUUAUUUUAUACCCAUUCUUACCUUGUUUGUGUCAGAUAGACCUGAGCUUCUGUUUUAUGGUCACAAGCAAGGAAAUCACUGAAUAAAAAUGAUUUGGAAAAUU